CUCUCUGCCCGAGCCGGCCCGCUGCCUGCCGCCGCCUCCUCCUCCUUCCCUCUUUCCCCGGGGGCGGCUGCAGAAGGAGAAGCAGCUGCACCGGGGAGCGUUGCCAAGGAUUAGCCGCUGUUAGGCGCGGAGCUGGGGCCGAAGAUAGCAGCAGAUCGGUGACUCUAGCAUCGGAAGGGAGGAGGGAAAGUAGGCAGGCAGGCAUAGACACACACGCACGCGGGACUCUGCCUGAGAAAUCCGUAGAGGGGCUGCAGAACUUGAUCCAUUCCCCAAAGCUGUAGCGUGACUCCCUCCCAUCCACAUAAACGCAGCAUGGACCAGAAGCACCCCCUUAGUCCCACCAGAAGAUAAGAUCCAGACUCUUUCGAAAGUGACUGAAGCCCAUUUCUGUCCUUUCCUCCAAGGGGCAAAAGAAGGGCUGUGAGAGGUGUGCGUGUGAUCAGACUCUCCAAUAUUUGUGCAGCUUCCUGCAAUUAUUUCCAAGCAUCUCUUUCUGUUAAAGCUUGGGGAAGUUUUCCUUGCCUUCUUGUGCAGGCCACGACGGAGAGAGAGAGAGAGGAACGAAAAAGGCAAAGAUUUUCCUAGGAAAUCCUUCUUGAGCGCUAAGGAGCCGUCCUGAAAGGAUACGCACACUCAUCAUAAUACAAGGAUACAUCUGGACUCUGUUUGCGUUUCCUGGUUUUUCCUGGGGACGAAGAUGCUGUCCUACAGCGUGCUGGAUGCUAACGUGGUGGACGUGGAAAAAAGGAGAAACCCGUCCAAGCACUAUGUAUAUAUCAUAAAAGUAACAUGGUCAGACUCAAGCUGCCAGACAAUCUACCGCAGAUACAGCAAGUUUUUUGACCUCCAGAUGCAGCUUCUAGAUAAAUUCCCUAUCGAAGGAGGCCAGAAAGAUCCCAAGAAGAGAAUCAUACCAUUUCUUCCAGGUAAAAUCCUAUUCCGGAGAAGUCAUAUUCGAGAUGUCGCUGUGAAGAGGCUAAGGCCCAUUGAUGACUAUUGCAGGGCAUUGGUGAAGCUUCCCCCUCACAUUUCUCAGUGUGAUGAAGUCUUUCGGUUCUUUGAGACCAGACCAGAGGACUUAAACCCUCCUAAAGAGGACUAUGGAUCCUCGAAAAGGAAAUCAGCUUGGAUGUCCAGCUUAUCUGAUUCUCCAAAGAAGGCUAUUGCAGGUGCUGACGCCAGCUCUGAACCUAUGAUCCUGGAGCAGUAUGUGGUGGUGUCUAACUAUGAGAAACAGGAGAACUCGGAGAUCAGCCUGCAAGCUGGAGAGGUGGUGGAUGUAAUAGAGAAGAAUGAAAGUGGUUGGUGGUUUGUAAGCACAGCAGAAGAGCAGGGCUGGGUCCCUGCCACGUACCUGGAAUCCCAAAGUGGAAUUAGAGAUGAUUCUGAAAUUAACAUGUCCAAAGGAGGGGAAGUUUCUAAGAGACGCAAGGCUCACCUGAGGCGCCUGGACCGGCGAUGGACACUGGGAGGGAUGGUCAACAGGCAGCAGAGUCGAGAAGAGAAAUAUGUCACAAUCCAGUCAUACACCAGCCAGGGGAAGGAUGAAAUCGGGUUUGACAAAGGAGUCACUGUGGAGGUCAUUCAAAAGAACCUGGAAGGAUGGUGGUACAUAAGGUAUUUAGGCAAAGAAGGAUGGGCCCCAGCAUCAUAUCUGAAAAAAGUGAAAGAUGACCUUCCAUCAAGGAAAAAGAACUUAACGGGGCCAGUGGAAAUUAUAGGAAACAUCAUGGAGAUCAGCAACCUGUUGAAUAAGAAAUCCUCUAGUGACAAGGAAACCCAGUCAGAAAUUGAAACAGCAGAAUCCCAUAUCACCAAGAAGGAAAUAAGCUUGCCAAUCUUAUGCAAUGACUCUAAUGGCAAUGCCAUGAUGACUCAAGACAAGCAGAUUUCAAAGCUGGCACAAGGUUCUCCAGCCAUAGCACGGAUUGCUCCACAAAGAGCUCAGAUAAGUUCUCCAAAUCUGAGGACUAGACCACCCCCAAGAAGGGAAUCCAGUUUGGGCUUCCAGCUACCGAAACCUCCUGAGCCACCAUCAGUGGAAGUUGAAUACUAUACUAUUGCAGAGUUCCAGUCUUGUAUCUCUGAUGGGAUAAGUUUUCAUGGAGGACAGAAGGCAGAGGUUAUUGACAAGAAUUCUGGUGGCUGGUGGUAUGUGCAGAUUGGCGAAAAGGAAGGCUGGGCUCCAGCAUCAUAUAUUGAUAAAAGGAAGAAGCCAAAUUUAAAUAGGCGAACCAGUACUUUAACCAGGCCUAAAGUUCCUCCUCCAGCACCUCCCAAUAAACCAAAAGAUUCUGAAGAAGGGACAGCUGCUGGGACUGUGUCUUCAGCAGAUACCCAAGAUUCUCCAUACAAGCAAAAGUAUGAGGAGCCAGAGUAUGAUGUGCCUGCUUUUGGUGUUGACUCAGAGUCUGAGCUGAGCCAAGGAGAAGACGGCAGCUUGGAGAGAGGCAUAUUCCAUCUACUCAAGCCUUCAGCUGUGUCAUCCCUCCAAAGGGCAAAAUUCCGAGUUGGGGAGUCUUCUGAGGAUGUGGCUCUUGAAGAGGAGACAAUCUAUGAAAACGAAGGCUUCAAACCAUACAUAGAAGAUGCUCUGUCCAGCAAAGAAUCUAGUGGCGACUCUGAUUCUCAAAGAAGUUCCUCAAUAUCUCUGAUCCAAAAAAGUUCUCCAAGUUCUGUUUCUCCCAAGUCCUCCCUUCUGAAGCCCAAAAGUGACAAGAGCAUUCAACCAAACCUUGGGAAGCCUCAGUACUCUCGGAAUGAGGAGACAAAACCAAGGUCAGCCUCAGAUGUUGGUUUAACUAGCAUGCCCAAAAUGGGCCUAAAGAGGGAUACUGGGGAGACAGUAUCUAGCAGAGCAAAACCAAUGGUGAGGCCAAAACCUUUCCUGAACAAAACAGACUCCCAAAGUCAAGAAAGAAUGGACAUCAGCACUUUACGUCACCAGCUAAGACCAACUGGACAGCUGAGAGGUGGCCUUAAAGGUUCAAGAAGUGAAGAGUCUGAAAGUCCACCUCAGACAGCUUCUGGAAACCCAGAAGAAUCGUUCAGAAGAAGCUCAGCAGAUCUCAUUACCUCUCCUUCCCACGCCAUAUUCUACUCCAGCCAGCCAAACAAGGCAGAGAAUGAAAACAACUCCUCAAAAUGUCUCUAUGUAACUAUUGAUUCUUACCAAAAACUUCAAGAUUCUGAGAUCAGCUUCCCAGCAGGAAUAUUAGUGGAAGUUCUGGAAAAACAAUCCAGUGGGUGGUGGUAUUUGAGAUAUGGAGACUCAGAAGGGUGGGCUCCUUCUCACUUUCUGGUGCUGUCUGAUAACCAACAACAAGAAACCACUUCUAAUGAGGCCAACAUUUCACUGGCCAAGAACAGAAGAAAUGAAAACAAAUCCAACAGCUUGGAAAAGAUAGAGAAGAAGGUCCAGGCACUGAACACUAUCAACCAGAGCAAGAGAGCAACACCUCCCAUUCCCAGCAAGCCACCUGGUGGCUUCUCCAAAACAUCUGGGACUGUCAAAUUGCGGAACGGGGUUAGGCAGCUAGCAGUGAGGCCGCAGUCAGUAUUUGUCUCACCACCACCCAAGGAUAACAACCUGCCUUGUUCCCUGCGUAGGAAUGAGUCUCUUACUGCCACAGAUCACCUGAGGGCAGUACGCCGCAACUCAUCUUUCAGCGCUGCCCAAUCCCAGGCUAGUGAUUCUAAGAUGAAACACACUGAUCGGCUGGGCUCUGAGGGCUAUGAGACAAGCUCCAACCUACCCUCUGAGCGCAAUGGAAUCCCAGUGUCCACAGUGAGGCCCAAGCCCAUUGAAAAAUCACAGUUUAUUCACAAUAACCUUAAAGAUAUCUACAUCUCCAUUGCAGAUUAUGAGGGGGACGAAGAAACUGCUGGAUUUCAGGAAGGUGUCUGCAUGGAGGUCCUGGAAAGGAACCCAAAUGGCUGGUGGUAUUGUCAGAUCAUGGGUGGAGGGAAACCUUUUAAAGGCUGGGUGCCCUCAAAUUAUUUGGAGAAAAAAAAUUAGUUACAACUGUCUUUCAAUUCCAUAAUUUAUACUUUUAUACUGUGUACAUAUGGAAGGAAGAGGGAAGAUACAAAUAUGUAUUUUCCCUUUUGUUCUGUCAGAUAUACAAGGGACUGUUGAACUGAGCUUUGCUAUGACCAGCAAGUCUGCCAUCUUUGAGGGUGUGUUUGAAGGAGUUGGCUUGUUCAGCAAAUAUCAAGGAAAAGGCAACUGGAACUAACACCAUUUUCUGUCUUUUUUGGUGAAGCCUUUCAUAAUUUUGAAUGCAACAGGGUUCAUGAUUCCAUCAUCCUGGUUGUAAUAAAAGGAAACCAAAUGUGUGCCUUUCACAGUAUAGUUUGGACCUGUGCAUCCACUUAGGAAUAGUGGGGAGUUUGGUGCCAAACCUGAACAUGACAAAAUUUCAGCUUGUUUAUUUCUUCCACGUGGAGUGUGUGUGUUUCCAAGCUAUGGAUGGGUCACCACCACCACCAUCAAGAUGUCUUUAAAUGUGCAGAGCAAGUGGGGAAACUCUUUUCAAGAAAGCAAACAUCAGCCCUCGGCUAUUGCAUUUGCCUCCAGGUUGUUUGAAGAGUUGGAGCCUUUUUACUGUGCAUUGCUGGUAUCUGACUCUAAACUCAUCUUGUUCAGUUCCCCCCAAUAGAAUCUCUCAUGCUUUUCUCCUGUCGUGAUCUCUGCAUCACCUGUUUUGGGAAGGGGGUAAAGCUUUUUCUUUUACUAUUACUAUUGGAAUUUAAAGUGUAGUCAAACUUUAAUGUGGUUCCUAGGUGUUUGUAUGCACACUAAACAUUUUGUGUUUGCGACACACACCUUCUGCCAACUGAUUGGUCUCAAAUUAAAUGUUUUGCUUUGAGGGUCAUCUGAACAGCCAAUACUGAAACUGCUUUUUAAGAGGAAGUAGAAAAGUUUCAUCUGUGUGCAGGGAAUAUUGGCUGUCUGCAGCAGCAAAGGGAAAUCCACUGUUCCAUAACCCCCCCCUCCCCUUUGCUGGAUCAUGGACUGCAGAGACACAAUAAGCCUGUGCUGGAGGAAAAGGGGUUUCUCAAGCUCUCUUCCCUUUUUCUUCCUUUUGCACAGGGCAGAACUACCAGAGAUUCCACCUUGGCCUGCUUUCACCAGUGCUUUUAUAUAGCUCCUAAAGUUGUGCAUGCUCCCUGCUCCCAUCUCAAAGCCCCACAAGACUUCAGCUCUUGUGACCACAUGGUGGACCUGCUCUGGCUGGGAAACCAGGCCAAUGCUCUAAGUACCAGAAUGGCAGUGGCUUCUUAGGAGCCAUCUGUAUAGGUCUGGCUGUCCCGUUGGGAUGCAUUACAAAGAGUAAAAUGGAAGUAGGUGAAUUGGCCCUGAGUGCCAAUUAAACAAAGGGGAUUUACCUCUACAUAAUGGACCUUUGUUGUGCAGGAGCUUCCCAUUCUUUCCUAUGAAGGGAAGAAUUUUUUCAUGUUAUAGGGACUGAAUCUCUAUUGAGCAUAUAAAAACAUUUCCUUCCCUGUAGGCCCAUCCUUGCCUGUAAGGAGUGUCAUGUGUACCUUGAAGCCACUGCAUCACCGCCACCACUGCACCACAGCCAAUUACCCAAUCCAUCUACUUCUUGAUGCACAAGAGUUUCUAUGUAAAGAUGGGGUUUCUACAUGAACAGUAGAUGCUCUUCUGCAUGCAGUUCAUUGAGAGAGGGUGUGAUACUCCAUGUGCACUCCUCACUGCACAUGGCCAGAGUCGUCAUCGCAUUGAAAUGAGGUGGAGACUACCAAUGCAGGAGUUUUGAGCAGUCUCACUAUGUGCUCACAAUGUUUAAGAUCAACAAUACUUCAAGUAAUGAAAUGCAUGUGGCAGUGCCUCAAAUAAAAACAAAAUAAGGUGACCCAUA